ACGACAGAACGGAAAACAUCCAACAGUAAACACACAGCCAUUAACCAUCAAAGUUCAUCAAAUCAGCUAGCAGCAUCCGGUCUCUCGGUAUCUCUCUAUCCUCUCUAAGCUUGUUCGCGGCGUAAACGCGUUAUAUUUCUCGUAAAUAUAAAAAAAUCCAAUUUUAAACUGCCAUUCGUUUCGAUUUUUCCUUUACAACUUGUUAUAUCGCUUUGUUCGAUUGCUAUUCGUCGUGCAUGCAAAAAAACAACAAUAAUAAGUGAAACUUGUGACAAAGCAAAUUUGAAACGUUUGUGAGUGUGUUGUAAAGUUAUUGCAAAAACCAUAUGAAAUAUUAACGGCACCAAAGCGGCAGUGACGUUUUUCUAAAACACAUAAACAAAUAACAAAAUCAGAGGAAAGUGUUGAAUAAAACAAAAGCAUAAUCAUGCGAAUUUACGCAAUAGGAGCAACUGUUGCGCUCCUGACAUUCGCACUUAUUGGCGUUCAUGGUCAAGAAGCUGAGCCGGCAGCCAUUGAGAAUGAAACAGAAUCGGAGUCAGAGAUGCAGCCCGUAUCGGAGGAGCCCAUAAAAUUUGUACAUGUUUUGAAUCCGGGCGAACGUGAAUAUCUUUCUCCAAAUUUAAUUGGAGUGCAGAAUAUUGCCAUGACAUUUUUGCCUCUGUCCAUAAAUUUCAUCAAUAUCGUUGAUGCUUUUCGGGAGAUUGUCAAUGGCGUCAGAUAUGACAUAAUGGUCAAUGCCAUUGACACAAAGGAUCAAGAUGCCGAAAUUGUUUGCCAUCUGGUGAUAUUGGAGAAGCCUUGGUUGCGCACCGAAUGGGGUGACAAAGUGCGCGAAUUGCAACAUUCCAACUGCAGCAGCAAUGCCGCAGACGAUGGGGACGUACCCGGUCAAUCGGGACUGCGGGCCAAUGACAUAAACGAUAAGUAUGUUAAGAGUACGGUAUUCAAUGGGGGUUCACGCAAUGAACUCACCAAUGAAGAAAUGAAACGUCUUGAAGAUCAAAUAUUUCCCUCAGCUAUAAGUUCUAAACGUACAUCCUCCUCAUCCAAUAACCUUAGAAUCCACCAGAACGAAAAACCUAUGGAAAAUCCCAGUGAUGGUGAUAAAUCUACGGAAGAAACAACAUCCACCACUACCGCAAGCGAAAAUCAGGAGGAGGUUACAACAGCCAACGAAGGGGAGGAUGCGGCGAAGAAUGAGGCUGAAGAGCAAACUACAGCCGAGACGGUUGUGGAUGAAGCCGAAAUAACCUCCACUAACAUUGCCACUAGCACUGAGAGCACCGCCACCUCGGACGAUAGUGAGGCAAGUGUGCCCGAACUAAGUGAAGAUGACAAAAAGUGGUUGGAUGACAUCUUCUCCAUUGGUGCCUUUAACUUUGAAAACUCUUUAAAUGCCCGGCGCAAAGUUGAUGCUGGCGCUGAUGUUGUUGCCGAUGAUGGGCAACAGAAGCAGGUUGAAGAAGAGCCAAUGAUUCGUGCCAAACGUAGUGCUAAUCUUGUCGGUGGAACUACCAGUCUCAGUAAUGAUAAGGCCGAAGAACUUCUUACAAAAUCUUUGGAAAAAUUGGCUACCGGUGAUGGACCCUCUUAUAAACUUUCAAAGGUACACAAGGCUAGCAAACAAUUGGUGUCUGGAACAUUGACCAAAAUCGAUUGUGAUCUAAUCGAUUCGGAAGGCGAAGAAGUUCGUUGUGAGGUGCAAAUUUGGUCUAAAAGUUGGGCAGAUAUGAACGAAAUCACUGUCAAUUGCCCACAAAGGAAGCUGGUGAAGCAACGUUUAAGACGUUCCCUUCAAUAUGCUGAAAAGAAGAGCCACAAGAAACUAAAUCACCAUAGCCUGAGCAAAGUCGAACAUUUAUUCUCCAAAUUCCAGGUCAAAUAUAAGCGCCGCUAUCACACCAACAUGGAGAGACAAAUGCGUCUGCGUAUCUUCAGACAAAACUUGAAGAUUAUUCAGGAUUUAAAUGAAAAUGAGCAAGGUAGCGCCAAGUAUGGCAUCACUGAAUUUGCUGACUUAACUAGCACCGAAUAUAAACAACGUACCGGCAUGUGGCAGAGAGAUCAGGCCAAGGCUGCUCUAACACCUAAAGCGGAAAUUCCCAACAUUGAAUUGCCUAGAGAAUUCGAUUGGAGAGACAAGGGUGUCAUUACACCUGUUAAAAAUCAAGGACAAUGUGGUUCCUGUUGGGCUUUCAGUGUUACCGGCAAUCUUGAAGGUUUGCAUGCUGUGAAAACUGGUAAAUUACAAGAAUAUUCGGAACAAGAGCUAUUAGAUUGUGAUACAUCCGAUUCAGCAUGCAAUGGUGGAUUACCUGAUAAUGCUUUUGAAGCUAUUGAGAAAAUUGGUGGUUUGGAAUUGGAAAGUGAAUAUCCCUAUCAUGCCCGCAAAGAACAGUGUCACUUUGACAAAUCGAGAGUACAAGUUAAAGUAAAGGGUCACGUUGAUUUGCCCAAGAACGAAACAGCCAUGGCUCAGUGGUUAAUUGCUAAUGGCCCCAUUUCGAUAGGUAUCAAUGCUAAUGCAAUGCAAUUCUAUCGUGGCGGUGUGUCACAUCCCUGGCAUAUGUUGUGCUCCCACAAAAAUCUCGAUCAUGGUGUACUGAUUGUGGGCUAUGGUGUCUCUGACUAUCCCAUGUUCAAUAAAACUUUGCCCUAUUGGAUUAUCAAGAACUCCUGGGGCAGCAAAUGGGGUGAGCAGGGCUAUUAUCGUGUGUAUCGCGGCGAUAAUUCAUGCGGUGUCAGUGAAAUGGCCAGCAGUGCAGUGUUGGCAGAUGAUUAAUACAACAACAACAACAACAUCAUCAUCUGGGUCCAGAAGCAGCCAAACAAUUUUCUAUAAAAUUUAUUAUACACUCAAACACAUACAUACACACACAAACAUACAAAUACUUGUCUGUGAAGAUUUGAUCCAAACGAAAAACAAUUAAAAUAAUCGCAAACAUGGUGCAUUAUUCAUCCAUUCGUAUAUACAACAUACUAGAAACCCCUUCACACUCCCCCGUUUAACCAAUUCACUGACCUGAGGAGGUAUGGAAAUGACAUUUAUUGCCAGUUUUUUUUUUAAGAGAUUUAAAUCCAUACCGAAAUAAACGAUAGCGCAUUAUCAUACAAAUGGUCAUUAAUUGUGAAACAUUAAAUCGCGCAUAAUCCUCUUUUAGUUGUCCCUCAAUCCAUUUGUUCUUUGUUCGUGCAUUACUCUUUGGCUGCCAUCUAUCAGCAGUCACCAGGGAAAACACCAAACCAAUAGCAAAACAAAAAAAAAAAAAACAACAACAUUACUAAUAAAUCUAUAAAUGUCCAUUGAUUUUUUCUUGUCACACUUCCAAUUGGGCAAAUUAUAUCUACACUUUAACAUAAACAUCCAUUUGCCGAUACCAAUCACCACUAAACUCAUUUUAUGUUUUAUUAUCAAAUUAUAUAUAACUAUACUCUCCUUGUCGUACAAUAUUGUUACUUUUUUGUUAAUUGAAAGUGUAGUGUAAUGUAAAAUUCAUAUUAAAUAAAUAAACCAUUUAAAUAUUUAAACGAAA